AUGGAGAAGUAUGAGAAAAUCAAAGUUGUUGGAAGAGGAGCUUUUGGGAUCGUUCACCUGUGCCGCAGGCGCAUCGACGGGUCCUUUCUCAUCCUGAAGGAGAUCCCGGUGGAGCAGAUGUCACGAGAUGAACGUCUGGCGGCUCAGAACGAGUGUCAGGUGCUGAAACUGCUCAACCAUCCAAAUAUCAUCGAGUACUAUGAGAACUUCCUGGAAGACAAGGCCCUCAUGAUAGCUAUGGAGUAUGCACCCGGUGGAACCUUGGCUGAGUACAUACAGAAGCGCUGUAGCUCUCUGCUGGAUGAGGACACCAUCCUUCACUUCUUUGUGCAGAUCUUACUUGCUCUGUAUCACGUACACAACAAACUUAUCUUGCACAGAGACCUUAAGACACAGAAUAUUCUUCUUGACAAGCAUCAGAUGAUCGUCAAAAUUGGUGACUUUGGCAUCUCCAAAAUCCUUGUCAGCAAGAGCAAAGCUUACACGGUGGUCGGUACCCCAUGUUACAUCUCCCCGGAGCUGUGUGAGGGAAAGCCGUAUAACCAGAAGAGUGACAUCUGGGCUUUGGGCUGUGUGCUCUAUGAGCUCGCGAGUCUGAAGAGAGCCUUCGAGGCUGCUAAUCUUCCUGCGCUCGUUCUGAAGAUCAUGAGCGGAACAUUUGCUCCGAUUUCAGACCGGUACAGCCCAGAACUUCGACAGCUCAUCCUCAACAUGCUCAAUCUGGAUCCAUCCAAACGACCUCAACUCAAUGAAAUAAUGGCUCUUCCCGUAUGCAUCCGGCCCCUGCUCAAUCUCUACACAGACAUAGGCAAUGUCAAAAUGCGCAGGAUUGAGAAACCACUGUCUUCUCUGCAGUCUGGUCCCCACGGUAGACCAGGAGGGAGAGUUCCUACGAACAGGUCCAGAGAUGGAUCAGUUGGUUUAGGUCCAGGUAAGGUUCAUUCUCUCCCGCUGUCAGCCAUGUACACGUGGGGAAGUGGAAUCUCAGCACCUCUACGCCUGCCGAUGCUCAACACUGAGGUGCUUCAAGUGUCUCUGGGCCGGACUCAGAAGAUGGGGGUGACCAAGUCUGGCCGUCUGAUUACAUGGGAGGCUCCAUCAGGGGGGUCGGGUGAGGCCAGUCUGCCCGGUGUGGUGGAGCAGAUGCAGCCUCAAUUCAUUUCACGUUUCCUUGAGGGUCAGUCUGGAGUCAACAUCAAGUCUGUGUCCUGUGGCGACCUUUUUACUAUCUGCAUGACAGACCGAGGCAUUAUCAUGACAUUUGGAAGUGGCAGCAACGGCUGUCUCGGACACGGUAACUUCAAUGAUGUCACACAGCCCAAGAUAGUUGAGGCACUCCUCGGCUACGAGCUGGUUCAGGUGUCAUGUGGUGCUUCCCACGUACUCGCUGUGACCAAUGAAAGAGAAGUAUUUGCCUGGGGAAGAGGAGACAAUGGUCGCCUCGGGCUAGGCAACCAAGACACCCACAACUCUCCACAGCAGGUGUGUUUACCUGGGGAAUUUGAGGCUCAGAGGGUGGUGUGUGGAGUCGACUGCUCCAUGAUUAUCAGCACUCAGUACAGCAUUGUGGCAUGUGGAAGCAACAGGUUCAACAAGCUUGGGCUGGAUAAGAUAACAGCUGGAGAGGAACCAAACCCCUCAAAUCAGCUGGAAGAAGUCCAUUCUUACUGCCCUGUCCAAUCAGCCCCACUCAACAGUGAGAAGAUUGUUCACAUCGACAUUGGGACAGCCCAUUCUGUUGCUGUUACAGAGAGGGGUCAGUGUUUUACCUUCGGCAGCAACCAGCAUGGACAGAUGGGCUGUAGUUCCCGUCGUAGCAGCCGUGUUCCCUACCCGGUGCCCGGGCUGCAGGGCAUCACCAUGGCUGCCUGUGGAGACGCUUUCUCCUUAGCUAUCGGAUCUGAUUGGGAGGUGUACACCUGGGGAAAGGGGGCCCGCGGCCGCCUCGGAAGGAAGGAAGAGGAUUCCGGGAUACCCAAGGCGGUGCAGCUUGACGAGAGUCACCCAUUCACGGUGACAUCGGUGGCUUGUUGUCAUGGCAACACUCUGCUGGCAGUGAAACCUUUGCUGGAGGAACCUGCCGCGAGAUGAAUUUGUCCUAAAAACGGACCCACACCCCCUCGGCGCUCGCUCGGAAGCGCAGCUGUGGCAUAAGGUGAAGCUUCCUCGGGAUAUAACUCUUCCCAGAGGCCCGUCUGCGCCCCAGUUAAAACAUUUCUUUUCACGCCGCAGCUGCGUCCUCGAAUUCUCACUCGGUCUUCUUCUCUCUGUUUAGCUUCAUUUCUCUCUCCGGGAAUGAAUGUUUGUUUCACUCUGCGGUUUGACGUCACGCAGCGAAGCACGGAAAAGAUGGACCCCCGUGUGUUUCAGCAGGUGUAUCGCUCACCGGGUCAGUUCAAAGAAUGUUGCAACGCUGUUGCUGGAGAUGGAUUACAGGAAGUCAUUAGGCAGUUUAUGUGGCGAGCUAUUGUCCUCUCCCACGUGUCAAGUUAGCAUGAUAAAGAACAGAGAAAGUCAAACUGGUUUGAGCGCUCGUAAGCCACUGGAGAAUGAGGUGACACAAUGCGGAGAAACGAAAAAGAAUGAAAACCACUUGAGCGCCAUCAGUCGAAUGAACCGAACACAAUAAUGUCAAUCACAUCGCCAGCGCUCACAUUGUGCUUAUUGGAUUAGUGCUCCUCUACAUUUGUAACUCCAGCAGCGUUCACGCCAGAUAACGACGUCUUUAAGACGUAACGGCUGGUUCACCCCUCCCUAUAUAAUAGAGACUCAAUUGUUUACUCUCCAUGGAGCCGUAAAGCAGUUUCAGGUUACAACACUAUGAACAGAUACAAAAUCCAAAGUAUGAGUGAUGCCUAAAUAGGAACAAGGUUAACAGUAAGGAUCAUGCGUUGCUCAUAUGCUUGGACACUUGUUUUUGUUGCAUUGUAGGCGUUUGGGCCGCGGCACCAUUUCUAGAGCAUCAUUUGAAAUCAUUUUUUAACAUUAUUUCAGACACAGAUGUGUCACUGAAAUGUGUAUUAUAUCUAAAAUGAGAUGGUGCAUCCGGAAAGUAUUCACAGCGCUUCAUUUUUUCCACAUUUUGUUAUGUUACAGCCUUAUUCCAAAAUGGAUUAAAUUCAUUAUUUUCCUCAACAUUCUACACACAAAAACCCAUAAUGACAAAGUGAAAAAUGUUUUUUGCAAAUUUAUUAAAAAUAAAGAACGAAAACAUAACAUGUACAUAAGUAUUCACAGCCUUUGCUCAAUACUUUGUUGAAGCACCUUUGGCAGCAAUUACAGCCUCAAGUCUUCUUGGGUAUGAUUCCACAAGCGUGGCACACCUAUUUCUGGGCAGUUUCUCCCAUUCUUCUUUGCAGAACCUCUCAAGUUCCAUCAGGUUGGAUGGGGAGCGUCGGUGCACAGCCAUUUUCAGAUCUCUCCAGAGAUGUUCAAUCGGGUUCAAGUCAGGGCUCUGGCUGGGCCUCUCAAGGACAUUCACAGAGUUGUCCCGAAGCCACUCCUUUGUUAUCUUGGCUGUGUGCUUCGGGUCGUUGUCCUGGUGGAAGAUGAACUGUCGCCCCAGUCUGAGGUCCAGAGCGCUUUGGAGCAUGUUUUCAUCGAGGAUGUCUCUGUACAUUGCUGCAUUCAUCUUUCCCUCAAUCCUGACUAGUCUCCCAGUUCCUCCCGCUGAAAAACAUCCCCACAGCAUGAUGCUGCCACCACCAUGCUUCACUGUAGGGAUGGUAUUGGCCAGGUGAUGAGCAGUGCCUGGUUUCCUCCAGACAUGACACUUGGCAUUCAGGCCAAAGAGUUCAAUCUUUGUUUCAUCAUACCAGAGAAUUUGGUUUCUCAUGGUCUGAGAGUCCUUCAGGUGCUUUUUUGCAAACUCUAGGCGGGCUGUCAUGUGCUUUUUACUGAGGAGUGGCUUCCGUCUGGCCACUCUACCAAACAGGCCUGAUUUGUGGAGUGCUGCAGAGAUGGUUGUCCUUCUGGAAGGUUCUCCUCUCUUCAUAGAACAACGCUGGAGCUCUGUCAGAGUGACCAUCGGGUUCCUGGUCACCUCCCUGACUAAGGCCCUUCUCCCCCGAUCGCUCAGUCUGGCUGGGCGGCCAACUCUAGGAAGAGUCCUGGUGGUUCCAAACUUCUUCCAUUUCCGGAUGAUAGAGGCCACUGUGCUCAUUGGGACUUUCAAUGCUGCAUAAAUCUUUCUGUACCCUUCGCCAGAUCUGAGCCUCGAUACAAUUCUGUCUCCGAGGUCUAUAGAUAAUUCCUUGAACUUCAUGGCUUGGUUUAUGCUCUGAUAUGCACUGUGAACUGUGAUACCUUAUAUAGACAGGUGUGUGCCUUUCUCAAUCAUGUCCAAUCAACUGAAUUUAGCACAGGUGGACUCCAAUCAAACAUCUCAAGGAUGAUCAGUGGAAACAGGAUGCACCUGAGCUACAUGUUGAGUGUCAUGGCAAAGGCUGUGAAUACUUAUGUACAUGUUAUGUCUUCGUUCUUUAUUUUUAACAGAUUUGCAAAAAUUUGCAAAAAACAGUUUUCACUUUGUCAUUAUGGGUUGUUGUGUGUAGAAUGUUGAGGGAAAUAAUUAAUUUAAUCCAUUUUGGAAAAAGGCUGUAACAUAACAAAAUGUGGAAAAAGUGAAGCGCUGUGAAUACUUUCCGGAUGCACUGUACAUCGUGUGAACUGUAUUUAAAAGAUGGCCUAGGCUGAAUUCAGACUUUUUACUCAAUAAGUAAAAGUACAUCAGUAUUUGCAUCAUUAUAUAGAAGUAAAAUUACUCGGUAUGCAGAAUGGUACAUUUCAGACUAAUAUAUAUUAUAUUACUCUAUAUUUAGUGAUGCAUUAAUUGUUUCAUCGCUAAUGUUGCAGCUUGUGAUUGUCGGGCUAUUUCUUUUAUAUUUCUUAUAUAGUUAAUCAAUAAUAAUGAAUCUUAAUGUGUUAGUUGAUUAUAUUUAGUUCUGAAUCUGCAAAAAAACAAGCUGACAAAUAAAUGUAGUGGAGUAAAAAGUAAAAUGUUUGCUUCUGAAAUGUAAUGAAGUAAAAUAACCUUUAAAUGAAAGUACCUCAAUUGCACUUACAUGUGAGUACAUGUACUUAGUUACUCAUCACCACCAGUGUGAGUGAAAUAUUUUACUUAAUUUUUAAGUUAUCUAAAAAAACUGGAAAAGAAAGAAUAAUCUUCACCAGUGUCUGUCGGUUUCUGGAUAUUUGAAAUGAUAUUUUGAACAGUUUAACACAUGCAGAGAUUGUAAUGUUUCCCGUGGCUGGAAACAAAUAAUUAGAUAUUUGAUCAUGGCUGGGAAGGUUGACUUUAAACUAAUACACCAUCUUAAAAUGAAUAACUAACCUACAGUAUAAUGCUGGAUCUCUAAGUAAUAGUCCGAUUACUUUUGCUUUUAUUCGGCCUCCACAGUCGCUAUUAUUCUCAUCGAUCAGCUUUAUGUAGUUUUCAUACAGCUGCUAUCGCGUGGUACUUUGAUAUAUUAGUUAGUCUGGAGAUUAGUAUGUAUGAUUCUGAUUCAAAAUCAUGUAUUUAUACAACAAUGAUUUGGGUUUCUUUGAGGAUAUUAUUUCUUAAUUUAUUUAUUUUUGUUGAGGAAAUGGAUCCUCGACAUUGUUGUCUUACAUGAUGAUGUCAUGAUGAUGUAAUCCAGUUGCAAUACAGCAGGUGAAAAUGUUUUCUUAAUAUUUGGAUUGAGAUCUUUAUUUCUACUGUCGUAAAAUCAUGUCCAGUUUUGUUGUGUCACAAAGUAUGUCAUGUUGUAUUAUAAUAAUAUAAUGUAUCAUAAACACAUUGUAACAUUAAA